AGUCGCCAUUCUCGCAGGCCGGCUCGGAUCAUCACCAAGCAAUAAUUUUGGUUCCUGCAUCGGUGCUUCUCCGACUGAGUCUGGUUGACAUUGGGGGUGUCAAUCACUCCUCUCAGCUCUGAUCCUUGCCUACUUCGCGAUCGUCUGCCUCUUCAGCUCCUCUUGUGUUCGAUUUCGUGGCUUUGCUGCCUCUCUGCCUCUGAUUUGCUUCAUAUUUGGUUCCGUUUCGGAGAUUAGCAGUGUGCAAUCAUGAAGCGUGGGGACCAUUUGCAGCAGGCAGCGGCUCCGUUGAACAACUAUCAAUUCGACUUUGGUCUGCCGGGUAUGCCCAAGCCGAGCGGGAGCCUGAAAGAUCAGAGAGCGCAAACGCUGAAUUCCGGGGCGCAGGUGUUCGGAGGUUGGUCCGCCUCUCCGGCAGGCAGGGCUUCGAACGGGUCGGGGCCAGACGGAGCAUUUGAUUUCGCGGGUAGAUCUUAUGCUGGAGGUAGCUCUAACCCUAACGCGAAUGGGCAAGCAAGGCCUCAGACCGGAGGUAGUGCGUCGACUACACAUGAUUUUUUAGGGGUGCCCAGUUCGGUGGGAGGAGUUAAUGGUGGUUACUACGGCAGCGCGAGGCCGCAGGUAGGUAACGCGGGCGGUGUGAAUAGUUUCUCGCACCAAACAGCGUCGAAUACAAAUAAAGGGGGAGUGGAUCUAUCAGGGAAGGUUUGGGCCCAGUCUACCGCGUCCAAGCUAGCAUCGGCAGGUAUCCCGGGGUACAAACCGUCUAGUAAAGAGGAUGUUUUUGGGGACUUGCUGGGUGGUGCGUUAGGAGGGAAGUCAUCGACUCCAUUGAAGCAGCAGCAGCAACAACAUUUGGCAGCGACGGGUGGAGGGUUCGGGAUGAGCAACUUGCAAGCGGCGAUGCCGGAAGUAGCGAAAGCUCCGGUGCGAGAUGCGAAGCCUGCACAAGCGAAACCCGCACCAUUUUCAUACACUGCUAUGUUUAAGAGCUCGACACCUUCCGCCCAGAAGACCGCGCCCAAGCCCAAGCCCAUGGCGAAUGCUGGAGGUGGAGAUUCAUUUUCCGGCUUGUCGUUCUCGAAACCCCAAGCAAGUGCAAUGUCGAGCGAUCCAUUCAAUUUCGUAAGCAAGCAGCAAAACAUCCCUCCUCCUGCCCAGUCGGUCAAGGCUCCGAUCUCUGAUCCAUUCGCCGGGUCUGCGGGAGGUGAUCAGUUCGAUUCAAUUUUCGGCAGCGGUAUGUCCAGUUCUCGUUCAGCCGGUGCUAAGCCUGCACAGGCGCACGAUGGUUGGGGUGAGGCAUUUGGAGCGGCUGCAGAGAGUCAUUCGUUCGAGAACGAAGCCGCGACGACAGAGCUAGAAGGUGUGGGUGCUGCGCCACCGGGGCUGGCAGGAAAUUCGGCGUUUGAGAAGGGUAGCACUUUCUAUAAGGAAGGGCAAUUCCCGGAUGCCAUUAAGUGGUUCUCAUGGGCGGUUGAGCUGUUGGAGAAGGAAAAGGGAAAGAAAGACACUAUCAUACAUGUGCUAACCAAGAGAAUGUCGUGCUUCAAGGAGAUUGGAGAAAUGAAGAAGGCAAUUGCAGACGGCACCAAGGCAUGCGACAUGGAGCCAGGCAAUGUAGAGCUUCUGAUGCAGCGAGCUCACCUGUAUGAGAGCUGUGAGAAAAUCAAACUUGGAAUCUCAGACUUGCGAGAAGUGUUAAAGAUCCAACCAGGACACCGUGUGGCAUCUCAGACACUCGCAAGACUUCAGAAGAUGCUUUAAACUGGCCCUGCUCCCUUCUUGAGGCUUCGUCUUGAUCCAUGAUGAACAUCCAUCGAGUAAAGCCCAACUUUUAGCUUCACGGUUUAUAGAUAGAAUUUUCGCCUAGUGGGAAAAUCUUAUAGCACUAAUUUUUUACAGAGUAAUUUAUUGCAGGUACGUAUUGCUGCAAUAAUGUGUCGUACUUCAAUGAUACGUGGUAAUAGGGUAAGGGAUCUUUUCGGAUCGAAACAUGCAAACUGUAAAUUAGUACCAUUUGUUUGUGUUUGUCACGAACAUCUCGGUUGUAGGAACUUGGACGCGGUUGGGGAAUUGAAAAGCCAUGAUUACAUUCUUUUGUACUCACAUAAUGCUGAUUCUUUCAUCACAAUAUGACAUUUCUUUUCUUUGA